GCGUCCGGGCAGAAGCGCCUCUAGUCCCGCGGAGCAUCGACGUCGUCCGAGGAGCGAGUGAGUAGCGCUGCGUCAUGUUGGUCGUCGCGGUGUUCCUGACGGCGAUGCUGGCGGUGGCCGGGGAGGACGUCGAAGCUGUCGAAGCUGUCGAAGCUGUCGAUGCCUUCGAGGUUUUGGAUCCUUCCACCCUCGUCGGCCAGCUGACUGUGCUCCAGCUGAAGGAGCUCAUCGCGGAGACUAUGGCCCAAGCACUGGUCCCUCUGCACCACAACUGCACCGACUACAGCGAGACGGGCGACUGCGGCCUGGUGGUGGAGAACGGCCUGUGCGGCGCCGAGGAGUUCUACGCGCGCUACUGCUGCCGCUCCUGCACCCUGGCCAAGCAGAUCCCCACCUACGGGCCUCACCUCAGCCUCACUGCAAAAGCCCCGAUAAGCAUCAACGUCACCACGGACUUGGUCAAGUACCCCCGGGGGAGCAAUGUCACCAUCACCUGCGAGGCCACAGGGUACCCGACGCCCGAGGUCGUAUGGUUCAGGAAUUAUAAUGAAAUCAGCAGCAUUGGGGAAUACGAGGAAGACACCGAAGUUCUCGGCGGAAUCCUGCUGAAGACAAUACGAAGCAACCUCAUUAUUGACAACUAUUCGGUGGAUUAUUCGCAUUUCCAGUGCAUGGCCAUCAACAGCGAAGGACUUGCUAAAAGCUCCAUCACCAUAUAUAUCGAAGAUGAGCUCUCAGUCGUUCUCCUCCCGGAAGUGCCAAUCAUGGAAGCCAAAAACGAGGUGGUGCUCGACUGCGUGGCCACGGGAGCGGAUGUCAAUGAAGUCAUUUGGUUCCGGGAAGUCGAGCUCAUCCACAACUCGAAUGAAUACAGAAUUAUUGAACGCAGGUCAUUCGAGGACGGACUCACGAAAAUCCACUCCAAGCUGACUAUCCUGAGGCACAAGACGGAAGACAGCGGGAGUCUCUUCACCUGCUCCGCGAUCGACCGGAAGGGAGGGAACAAGGAGAAGUGGAAGAGAGUCUACAUCUCAGACGUUGGCGUACACCCCAACUGCCACGACCUCGCUGGCAGAAAGGCGUGCUACGAGGAGAGCCACAGAUGCGAAUUCAAGCAGGAGUACAUUUACCGCUACUGCUGCAAGACGUGCACGCUCAUGGGGGUCCUGCCGACGUACGGGCCGCACCUGCGAGGCGACGCCGAGGCACCUCUGGAAGUCUCAAUCCAAACAAACAGCACGGUAGUCCCGUAUGGAGGCGACGCUGAACUGGUCUGCAUGACCUCGGGCUUCCCUGGGCGGCAGAGCGUCAUGUGGCUGAAGAAGGACGAGUUGAUUAGAGAAUCAAAUAACAUCCACAUAAAACACAACUCCGCCUGCAGCCCCCUCCUCUGCGAAGUGAGCGCCUCCCUCCUCAUCAAGGGAAUCAAGAUCAGCGACACCGGCAAGUACAUCUGCAGAACCUCCAAUGUGGUCGGGAUGAAGGACGCCCUUGUCCUGCUACGAUCAAUGGAAGACGGGGAAAUAUACAUCGACAUCGACUACUAGGUGUCCCCGAGGUCCUGCAGGGUCCGCCCAUCGCCCUCCUCCUCCCAAGCAAGAUUUCGCGCUCGUAAUGUGUAAUCGUUCGUCAUUAUCACCGUCUCCUUACAGCACUUUCGUAACUACAGAUGUAUUCUCAUUUUCUCAGAAUGAUGCAAAUCGCAGUAAGGUUUAUAUAUCUUGAUUAUGGCUGUUUCUAAGGCCGUUGGACUUAUUUCUGAAAUAAAUAUUAUUUUUUAU